AUGGGUUCCACGACUGUUUAUCACGAACAAGCUCUCAGCAAGCUUCAAGAUCGCUCCCUGUUCAUUACGGAGGCCUUCAUCGAUGGAAAAUGGACAGGCAAAGAGAAAACAUUCGACGUCUACGAGCCAUCGACAGGUGCAGUGCUGGGCCAAGUGGCCAACUGUGACCUGGAAGAUUUCCAACGAGCCAUUCAAAGCGCCGACGAGAUCCAACCCAUUUUUUUCUCCACGACAACGGGAGCCGCCCGAGGCGCUCUACUUCGCAAAUGGAAUGAUUUGAUUAUUGCGAACAAAGAAGAUGUGGCCACAAUUCUGUGCCUCGAGAACGGCAAGACAUAUGCUGAGGCUUUGGGUGAGGUUACAUAUGCCGCAAGUUUUAUUGCCUGGUUUGCCGAGGAAGCUACACGUGCCUACGGAAUGACUAUACCAUCAUCGACACCCCGAACCACAUUGAUGACGAUCCGCGAGCCCGUCGGAGUGUGUGGCAUUAUAACCCCAUGGAAUUUCCCUGCUGCCAUGAUUACACGCAAAGUUGCACCAGCACUUGCUGCCGGAUGCUCGGUCGUCAUCAAGCCACCAAGCGAAACACCGUACACUUGCUUGGCUCUGACCAAGCUAGCAGUACAGGCUGGCAUUCCUCCAGCUCUGAUCCAAGUGUGCCCGACCAAGAACCGUGAGGCUGCCACCGAACUUGCAACAAAUGCUCUCGUCCGCAAAAUCAGUUUCACUGGAUCAACCAACGUUGGAAAGAUGCUAGCCAAGCUUGCCGCUGGCACUUUGAAACGCGUCAGUAUGGAGCUUGGAGGCAAUGCACCUUUCAUCGUCUUUGACGAUGCCGACGUGGAUCUCGCGGUUGAAGGAGCGAUGUUCUGCAAAUUCCGUUGCUCUGGACAGACCUGCGUAUGUGCCAACAGAUUAUAUGUGCAAAAGGGCAUUGUAAAGGAGUUCACUGCAAAGCUUUGUGAAAAGGUGGCAGCCCUCAAGCCUGGACCUGGACUUGAUCCAUCCACUACCCAAGGACCACUUGUGAAUAAAGCGGCGGUAGACAAGGUCGCAGAACAUAUAACAGAUGCAAUUUCCAAGGGGGCAAGGGUGGAGACAGGUGGAAACAGUGUUUCAUCUCCAGGUUUCUUAUUCCAGCCCACCGUUAUUUCUGGUGUCCGACCGAACAUGAUUGUGAGCAAAGAGGAGACUUUCGGGCCUCUUGCGCCUAUAAUUGAGUUUGAGAGCGAAGAUGAAGUGAUUUCUCUGGCCAACGACACUGAGUUUGGCCUUGCCGGUUACUUCUUCUCCAAAGAUGUGAGUCGAGUAAUGCGCGUUUCUCAAAGGAUGCAAGUUGGCAUGGUUGGAGCCAAUACUGGAAAGAUCAGCGCCGCUGAAGCACCAUUUGGAGGAGUCAAAGAAAGUGGCUAUGGAAUAGAGGGCAGCGCUUUGGGUCUGUCAGAGUACCAGAACGUCAAGAGCAUUACUGUUGGAAAUUGGUGA